UCAAGCCGUGACUGAGCAGUGCUAGCACCUCCUCCAGGAGACUGUUGCUGUGAGCCAGCCCCCUUCUCCACAGUAACCAUGUGCGACCAAAAGGCCGUGAUCAAAAAUGCUGACAUGUUGGAAGAGAUGCAACAGGACCCAGUGGAGUGUGCUACUCAGGCGCUGGAGAAAUACAACAUAGAGAAGGACAUUGCGGCUCAUAUCAAGAAGGAAUUUGAUAAGAAGUACAAUCCUACCUGGCAUUGCACCAUGGGGAGGAACUUCGGUAGUUACGUGACACAUGAAACCAAACACUUCAUCUACUUCUACCUGGGCCAGGUGGCCAUUCUUCUGUUCACAUCUGGUUAAAAGCAUGGAUUGAAAAGGCCAGGCGUGGUGGCUCAAGCCAGCA